GCGUGCCUGACUACAUCUGUUGCACAAGUGAAAACGAAUUGCCUUUAUUUUUUCAUUCUUUAAAAUAACAAGUUUGGUGAGUGGUUAAAUUCGUCUUCACGUUUCCUGUAAAGCUUUUUGACAACCACUCUACGCUACACGGAUGGUGACCCACUGUUUGGUCUCUCAGGUCUGCCAAUGGAGCAAUGCAGCGUAAGAAUGGUUGAUGAGGACAUAGGACAAAUAUAUAACACAGGACAAAGUAAUGGUGUUCAUCAGACACAAACAAAAUCACCACCAUUUCCAGAUUUAAACUUAAGUGGGACUCCUCCCGUGCCCCCAGACUGGAUUGUUCUUCCUCCACCAGAUUGUUUUCAGGACACCAACAAUUACACACCUAAUGUUUUUCAAACCAAACCAACAUUUGGGAUUUGGGAUCAAGAAACAGACAUUUUCCAACCUUCAAAUGGAAAAGUUCACACUGAUCUUCCGCACAGCGCCCCAGCUAAUCAGAACACAGAAUCUUCCUCAUCAUCCGAACAGAGGGAUUAUUUCCUGGAAUUUAUCAUCUCCAGACAGAAGGAUUUCCAAGCCACAACCUCCCCCACAUCGUCAUUCGAUUCUGCAGAUGUUUUCCAAGAAACGUCUUUACCUUCCACAUCACAUUAUAUUUCUAAGACCACACCAUUGUCUGAUGAUAUUUUUAAGAUGCCCUCCCCCAUCACUGGAAACAAAGUCUUCCAGUCCACACCAUUAGUUCAGACCCCAACUUUAAUGUCGUAUGACACCAAGGUAUUUGAUCCUCUAUUGGACAUAUCAGCCAACACUCAGAAUGAUGUACAGUCCAAACACAGCAGGAUUGAUUAUGCAACACUUCUCACCAGCCCAGAUGGUACAAAGAAUGACAAUCACAUUUCUCCUACGGGUUUGCAAAAUGGAAAUGUCCAAGGGAUACCAGCUGUAGAAAUGCCUUCCACAAACACUUCACCAAGCCUGACUUUUAGGAGGCGUCCACCAAAACCUGCCCCGCGCAGUAGAGCCCUUAAAACUACCAGUUACCCUUCCACGUCCAUGCAGACACUGAUGCCCUACACCCCACCUACCCCUUGUUCUACUGCUAGCGUUCAGAACGAAACACCAGCAUCAGAGAAUGAUCUUCCAGUUUAUGAAAAUGUUCUUCUAAUUGGUCAGGAAACAUGCGUGGAGGACUGGCCAGAAAACAGCCCAGAACUGUCUCCAGAAUGGAAACCAGUGGGGAAAUUAAAACUUAGAAGAGAUUAUAUACAAAUUGCAGAAGAGUCUGAUGGACCCCCGAGUACUGAUGUUAUUGCAAAGAAAAAUGGAAAGCUGACUGUAGGAAAGAAACUGAGACCAUCUUUCCUGAACAGAAGAAGUUCAAAGGUAAUUAUAUCAAGCUGA